ACCGCGGCCGCCAACGCCGCCGCGCUCCGGCUGGCUCCGGGCUGGGCUCGGCGCACUCCUCAGCGGCCGCCGAGCCGAGCGGACGCCCCUCGGGGCCGCGCCGCAGCCUCCGCGCCCCCUGCUUAUCAUGCCCCGGGCCCGGGCCCGGCAGCCGGAGCACCUAGGACACCAUGCCGGAGGGCGAAGGUGGAGACGGCGGGGAGGCGCCCGCGCUCAUCCCGGACGGCGAGCCGCUGCGGGAGGAGCAGAGGCCCCUGAAGCAAUCCCUGGGAGGUUCUCUGUGUCGAGAGUCUCACUGGAAGUGCCUGCUCCUCACGCUGCUCAUCCACGCCUGCGGGGCUGUAGUGGCCUGGUGUCGCCUGGCCACUGUUCCCCGCCUGGUCCUGGGGCCUGAGGCGGCCCUGGCCCGGGGGGCUGGCGGUCCACCGCCCACCUAUCCAGCCAGCCCCUGCUCCGACGGCUACCUGUACAUCCCCUUGGCCUUCGUGUCCCUCCUCUACCUCCUCUACCUGGCCGAGUGCUGGCACUGCCACGUGCGCUCAUGCCAGGCACCCCGCACCGACGCCAACACCGUGCUCGCCCUGAUCCACCGGCUGCAGCAGGCCCCGCCCUGCGUCUGGUGGAAGGCCACCAGCUACCACUACGUGCGGCGCACGCGCCAGAUCACCCGCUACCGCAACGGGGACGCCUACACCACCACGCAGGUCUACCACGAGAGGGCGGACAGCCGCACGGCCCGGGGCGAGUUCGACUACAGCGCACACGGCGUCCGCGACGUCUCCAAGGAGCUGGUGGGCCUGACGGACCACGCGGCCACGCGGCUGCGCUUCACCAAGUGCUUCAGCUUCGGCAGCGCUGAGGCCGAGGCCUCGUACCUCACGCAGAGGGCCCGCUUCUUCAGCGCCAACGAGGGCCUGGACGAUUACCUGGAGGCCCGCGAGGGCAUGCACCUGAAGGACGUGGACUUCCGCGAGUCCCUCAUGGUCUUCGCGGACCCUCGCAGCCCGCCCUGGUACGCCCGAGCCUGGGUCUUCUGGCUGGUGUCUGCAGCCACGCUGUCCUGGCCCCUGCGCGUGGUGGCGGCCUACGGGACAGCCCACGUGCACUACCAGGUGGAGAAGCUUUUCGGUGCCAGCUCGCCGCCCCCCGGGGCUGUGCCCAGCGGGCCGCCGCUCUCUCGCGUGGCCACCGUGGACUUCACAGAGCUCGAGUGGCACAUCUGCUCCAACCGGCAGCUGGUGCCCAGCUACUCGGAGGCUGUGGUCAUGGGUGCCAGCUCUGGGGCCUACCUGCGAGGCUGCCAGCGCUGCCGCCGCUCCGUCAGCAGCAACUCCCUGCCUCCUGCCCGUCCCAGCGGGCCUCGCCUGCCCUUCAGCCGCAGCCGUCUGUCACUGGGGGCCGGGGGCCGGGCCACCCCAGGGGUCUUCCGCAGCUUGAGUGGAGGCCCCCUGGGACGCAGAGGGGAGGACACUGAGCCCCUGGAAAGCCCCCCAUGCUAUGAGGAUGCCCUUUACUUCCCGGUGCUCAUUGUCCACGGGGACAGUGGCUGCCAGGGAGAUGGGCAGGGUGCACUCUGAGGUACCCGCCCCCUACAGCCCCGGAGCACCCCUCUCUCCUCACCAUCUCACUAUGGGCUUGGGUAUCUGAAUAGCUGUCAAAAAAACCAAACAAACAAACAAACAAACAAAAAAAAAAAAAACAGAAAAGAAAACAGACCAGCCUUGCACAAGGAGUAGGAGUGGGGUAGGACCCUUAGACGAAAACACAGUGACUCGUGCUCCUUUGAGGGGAAAGGGAACUAAGUCGAGUCGGUGAUCUGUCCCCAGCAUGGCUCCCCCAACCAUCACCAUGUUCCCCUGUGAAAGCAGAUGAUGCUGGACAGGGAGAGAGGCUUCCAGGAACGCUGGGAUGGGGAGGAGAAGUGGGUACCGUUGCCUGACUCUCUGCCACAGCUGAGCUACCUGGGGAGCCCUCAGCAGCACAGAAGCACAAACUGGUGGCCUGGGACCACGCCCAGCUGGGAUGGCUGGCCUGAAGCUGAACGGCUGGCUGUGGCCACCCCGCGGCUUGAUCCCCUGCCCACCAGAGUUCUCAUCCUCCUCUGCUCCAUCCUUUUCAUCUGCCUUCUGGCCUCUGCUCUGGGCAAGUGCCCUGCUUAUCCCCAGACCCUAAGGUGCAGCUCCCCCACAGAGCCCGGUUCUCAGAGCACAGACGUACCCUCUUGCCCCCCCUCCUUGAUCUCCGUGCUUUUGCUGCACCCUCAGCUUGCCCUGUGAGGCAGGGUUUCCAACUCCGAGCCCCACCACAGCCAGCCCCAGCACCCUAAAAUUCAUAUCUGCCUCUGUCACCCACAUAAUACCCUAGCCUUGUUCCCACCCAUUUCCCCAGGCUUCUCUGCUCUUCACCUUCUGGUUGACCCACAGGAUGUAGGACCGCAGGGCAUCCGAGGGGCUCUGCCCUGGCCACAGCCUCUUGGACGAUGCCCUGGUCUUGCCUUGAAGGCCCCUGCUUCUUCCAUCCAUGGAGCCUGUCCAGGGGACACCAUCCCUCCCAAGGGAGAACAAAAGAGUCCCUUCCCUUCCAACUGGGGAUUCCACCCCCUCUCAGGGGCUGGCGGGGGAGGGAAGAGACAGAGAAAAUUAAAUAAAGUUAUGAAACAGGAAAGG